UAUUCACCCAAAAAAAAUCCAAUAAUAAUUGCUGCAAAUUCUGUAGAUUCGUGGCAGUGAGUGGGAUCAGACUUGUCUGUUCACAGUGGCAGUGCUCUGCUCAUUGAUCGACUAAGCCGGCCGGCCGCGAAGCCGCCCACAGUUGAGCCAUGGCAACCGUUGCAGCCUCCGCCCAUGGACGGUCAGGCCUCGGCCUCGCGCCCACAACCCCGUUUCUGGGCAAGAAGCUCACACCCCUCAAGCCCUCACUCAUCAGUCCCGCCAAUUCACCGUCAGCCCCAAAGGGCCCCGUCUUGGCCGCUGCAGGCAGCGGUCACCUGUUCGAUGCGGCCCGGGAUCUGUUCCUGGGUGUCGGAGUUGGCCUCCCGUGUACGGUCAUGGAGUGUGGAGACAUAAUUUACAGAAGCACCCUUCCGAAGUCGAAUGGGUUGACUCUAACUGCACCUGGGGCAGUCUUGGCUCUCGGGGCCCUGUCGUACCUGUGGGCCACCCCUGGUGUGGCCCCAGGGUUCUUCGACAUGUUCGUGCUUGCUUUUGUCGAGAGGCUGUUUAGGCCCACUUUCAAGAAGGAUGAUUUUGUGUUGGGGAAGAAGUUGGGAGAGGGAGCCUUUGGUGUUGUAUACAGGGGGUCACUCUCCCAGAAGCCUUCAUCAAAGAAGGAAGGCGACUUGGUCUUGAAGAAGGCCACCGAGUAUGGCGCUGUGGAGAUAUGGAUGAACGAGCGUGUCCGAAGAGCCUGUGCUAGCAGUUGUGCCGAUUUCAUAUACGGAUUUCUCGAGAGUUCCUCGAAGAAGGGUGGAGAAUAUUGGCUGAUAUGGCGGUUCGAAGGGGAAUCCACACUAUACGACUUAAUGCAGAGCAAGGAGUUCCCUUACAAUGUAGAAACGAUGAUCCUCGGAGAGGUACAGGCCUUGCCUAAGGGACUGGAAAGGGAAGAUAGGAUCAUUCAGACCAUCAUGAGACAGAUCCUCUUUGCAUUGGAUGGUCUUCAUUCGACCGGGAUUGUCCACAGGGACAUUAAGCCGCAAAACAUCAUUUUCUCAGAAGGGUCCCGACAGUUCAAGAUUAUUGAUCUUGGAGCGGCAGCAGAUCUAAGAGUGGGCAUCAAUUACAUACCGAAGGAGUUUCUAUUGGACCCGAGGUAUACUGCACCGGAGCAAUACAUAAUGAGCACGCAAACUCCAUCUGCACCGUCAGCUCCAGUUGCAACAGCACUCUCUCCGGUCCUAUGGCAGAUGAACUUGCCUGACAGAUUUGAUAUUUACAGCACCGGACUUAUAUUUAUGCAAAUGGCAUUCCCAUCCCUUAGGACCGACAGCGGCCUAAUACAAUUCAACCGCCAGUUAAAAAGGUGUGACUACGACUUGGUCGCCUGGAGAAAGAGUGUGCAGCCCCGUGCCGGCCCGGAGCUCCGGAAAGGGUUCGAGCUAUUGGACUUAGAUGGUGGGAUAGGAUGGGAGCUUCUGACCUCAAUGGUUCGGUAUAAGGCCCGUCAGAGGACAAGUGCAAAGGCAGCCCUGGCUCACCCUUACUUUGAUCGAGAAGGGCUAUUGGCUCUGUCCUUCAUGCAAAACCUGAGGCUGCAACUGUUCCGGGCCACACAACAGGACUAUGGGGAGGCUGCCAAGUGGAUUAUUCGGCUCAUGGCAAAGUCCGGGACAAAGCAGGAUGGUGGUUUCACAGAGGCACAGCUUCAGGAGCUCAGGGAAAUAGAGCCUAAGAAGAAGUCAAGCGCUCAGAGGAACGCCCUCGCCUCAGCCCUCCGGCUUCAGAGGAAGAUCAUAAGAACACUCAAUGAGAGCAUGGAUGAGCUCAAUCAGCAGCGGAAGAGCCUCUGGUGGAGCCGGUGGAUCCCCAGAGAGGAAUAGUCUCAAGUCAUUAUUCUCUGUAAAUACAAUGCAAAAUGUACACGGUACAUGGCUUGCUUCCAUCUCGCUUAAUGUAAAAUUUUGUCCGACAUAUAUAUAUUCAAAGUGACCCUAAAAUAGAAUGCUGUAUGUGAAUCUUACAUGUUGAAACCGUCGUAUGCGUGGUUCCAUCAAGCAUUGCAAGGAUAUAUAUAGAACUUUGUCCCA